CUCCAAUGAUGUGUUGAUGAAUUCAAUGAAUCCUUCAAUUCCUUUCGUUUUCUUGGCGAACUGACGUCCGACCUUGUCAAUGACCCGUUGUCGUUGAGUGUACCUGCAUUGCCAUUUGUGUCGGGCAUGACUUGGGACAUCCAGUGACGCAGCAAAAAGUAGCGACGGUACAGCCAGAAGUAGCAAUAACUCGCAAAACAGGAUCCUUGUCUGACUGGUAACUGGACCACUUAGUUGGUAGGCCCUACCCCACAACUGAGGACAGGUUGUGCCUUUGGGACCGACUGUCUUCAUGUCUUCACGCUCUUGGCGAUUGCACUGGUAUCUUCUGGCGAAUAGACUACCAAGCAGACAUAAAGUUCCAAUUAGAGUACUUUAGAGCAUGGAAACUGAAAUAGUUUCGGGUUAUUUUGUGGUUGAUAAGACGACUGCACAGAAUGAUGAUGGAGAUGGAAGUGAUGCCGAUUCUGGGGAUGAUGAGGCGUCCUUUUUGGAUGCUGAUGAAGAAACUGGUGGACAACCUUUUGGCCUGAAGCCAGUGAGGAAAAGGACAGCAUUGUUCCAAGAAAUUAAGUCAUCUGGUAAACUCGGGAACAAAUUCAAUGUCAUCGGUCGCAUCCAACUUGUUGAUCCCUGGUGGAAGGUGAAAAUGGAAAUCAGAAAAACCAAGCAACCCGUUAAAUAUUUGAUGGGACAUCCUGAAUACAGUCUACGAGAUGAUGGUGGAGUGUUUGCGGAGAAGUUGGUCCCUAUGUUUCUACAAAGCAUAGAAUGUCAUGAGCAAAUGAAGCAGAAUUUCUAUGAUUAUCUUAGGAAUCAAGGUCUUUUUGACAAGCUUUCCUUCACCAAUUUGAUGGAACUGUUGGAAAAGUUUUGUGAUUCAUCAGAAGAAGCCAAGAAAACUGGACAUGAUUUGAUAGAGACAGUCAAAUAUGGAGGACAACUUGUUCUCCGUAGUAUGGUGUAUACGCAACUUUUCCGCUACCUUCCCAGGCUGGUUCCAAAGCACUUUGUUAUAAUGAUUGAGACAUCUAAAGAACUAGAUUUAAUUGCUUUAGAAGAUGCAAUUUACAACGCGCCGUAUGUCUUUGGAUUUGCUCCGAUUCUAAGAACCAAAUACCACCAAGAUAAUAACGUUGAAGCCAGCCUUGAGACCAUGAUGAAAACUGGCCUGUUCAAAAAGAUUUCAAUAUGCCACAAAGAUGCUCUCGUAAUAUACAACACCAUGAAACACGACUCCAGAAAGAACGGACAUACUUAUUCUCGGAAGAUGGACUUAGAUCAAUGCAGUUACUUGCAAGAUUUAGAUCAUGAGAUCACACGUUGGGACCUUCCAAUCCAGUUUUUAAUCGACAAGUCAGUAAUAAAGAAAGAAAUACACGUACCUUACAGCUAUUACUUCCUGUUGCGGCUCUGGAAGUGUGAGAACGGGAUAUCGGAUAACCUAUUAGAACUGAUGGAAAGGCAUGAGGAAAAACCUUACACAUUUGAUGUGGAUUUUGAGAGUGAAGAAUUCGAAGGUGUUAGAAGAGAUCCCGACCAGAUGAAGGUGGCAGAGGCUAUAGGAAAGCACCCUAUCGUGGUCAUCUCUGGAAAGGGAGGAUGUGGAAAGACAACCACAGUCAGCGCUACACUCAACUAUGCAAAGAGGUUGAAGAGUGAAGAAUUUAACGUCCGGAGGAAGAUGUUUGAUGAAUCAGAAGAAAUGGAUGAUAUGGCUCUGAGCCAGCAGGUGUCUGAAAUGGAAAGGACCGUGUCCAAUAUUGGAGGACAGUGUAUGCCACCUGGUGAGGAAAAAGGAAACGAAUCUAGAAAUUCGGCAUCAAAUGAUGACGUUGAAGGAGGUGAGGAGGAGGAAGAUUCCGAUUCAAAAGAGGAUGGGUUACUCAACAUUCUUCUUGCUGCUCCGACGGGUAAAGCAGCAAGUGUGCUGAAAAGACGUUCACACCUGGAUGCCUGCACACUCCAUACUGUCAAGGUCUCCUACAGCUUUUGGACGAAAAGUAGGGUGGGUCCUUGGCGGUUUGCUGGUGUGGAGGUGCUUGUAGUUGACGAAUCCAGUAUGGUGUCCGUUUCGAUCUUUCAUGACGUCUUGGACAUUCUGAUGAAGGAAAGCAAGUUGUCGAAGAUCAUAUUACUCGGAGAUAUCAAACAGUUGCCGUCGAUUGAUUCAGGGAAUUUCUUAGCCGACGUCUUUGCCGCUUUCAAAUCUGUCGGCGUCAGUAUAGAAUUACGGACAAACCAUCGGUCAGAGUCACAGCUCAUCGUCGACAAUGCCACCAGAAUAUCAAAUCAGGUCAUGCCAGAGUUUAACUCGCAGUUGAACUUCCAUCAUGUAUUAUAUGAGAAGGGACGAGGUGAGAUUGCUGGUGCUAAAGGCCAAGUGGAUAAGGAUGAGGAUGCAUCAUGUGAGUUGGAUGCCCUUGUCAAAAAGCUACUGCAUAGAGAAGAGUGUCUCAAGUGUGAUAAAACGAGUCAAAUGAUCUCCUUUAAAAGGACGACAUGUGCCAAUAUCAACGAGAUAUGCUGUAAGACAUAUAACAAACACACUACCAGGACCUCGAAAAAUAAACUAGACUUCCAAAUCGGGGACAAAAUCGCCUGCAACCAAAAUGGCAAUGUCACAAACUAUCUCGAGGUGAUCAAGCCACCUGAUGACGCCACUAAUGGGGACGAUGUGGAGAUACCAAUACCAGGCAACAAGGCCAAUGAACCCUCUGCCAGUGGUAUAAGGAAACGAGUGAGUGGUCAGAAUAAGGCUGGCGGAGCACAUUGUGAGGCAAACAAGGAGGGUGACAAGAAAAAGGAUGCAAAGAAGGAUGACAGUGUUGUUAGACUCUGUAAUGGAGAGAUAUACUUCAUUAAAGAGGAUUGUGAGUUGCAAGAACAAGGGAAACAUAUGCGUUACAUCCAUCUCGAUGAUGACUUCCAACAGGUCAAGGUCAACUUUAAGGAAGUCAAGAUCAAAUGCAAGAUUCGCCAUGCUUGGGCUAACACCAUCCAUAAGUUUCAGGGUUCAGAGGCCGAGACGAUUGUCUACAUUGUGAGUUCUUCCCUUUAUGAAAACUGGCAGCACGUGUACACCGCAGUUACCAGAGGAAAGAAACAUCUUUAUAUCCUGUCACGGCCGGGGCAGCUAGAAGCUGCGAUCAAGAGGCCGGCGAGGUAUCGUCGCACCACGCUCAAAGAGAAAAUCAAGAAGAAAAUGGAGGAAUACGGCAUAAAUGAUGCUACAGUCUUCAUGCAAAGUGCCCUAAUGAGUCCAACACAGACUCAAUUUCCCAAACGCCUGGUACCUCAGAAGGUAGCUGAUGAUUCUGUUGCGGUGAAUGUUGAAAUUUUUGGUGCUGAUACACACUCAAAAGGAGGAGCAUGCGGAGUUGACGAUUCUGAUUUGGCAGCUGUGAAGCCUACUGCCAGUUCUUCCUCACUCAUGGAACCACUUGCCAGUUCAAACGCACAUGGCUCGACUGCAAUGGGUGGUCUGCCAAAAACCUUUCAUUUCACUUCUCUUAACAAUAAAUUUGUGAACUCUGCUGGCUUGAAUUCUGCCAUGGAAACUGGUGCUAAUUCAUUCAGAGAUGAUAGCCAGACUUUCUCUGAAUGGGGCGACAGUAUGGUGGAGGAGAUCAAUGCGAUUGUUGAGGCAACGCAAACAUCAUCAGCGCCGAAUUCUGACUGGAUGGAAGAAUCUAGUCCUUCAUUGACAUUAAAACCUGAACCUAACUCUGAUCAGGUCAAAGUUGCUUGUCACGUACCCUGCAAGGAGUUAUUCCCGCCAGAUAUGAAUUUGGAGAGAGGUGAUUUCAACUAUGAAUAUGAGGAUGAGAAUCCCAUUCCCUUUGACUUUGUGUGUAAAACAAGAGAUCUUCCAUUCAUUGCCAGUCCUUGUGAAAGCUUUGUCACAACUGUUGUUAUACCUCGUAAUCAGCAGAAAUCUGUGCCAAAAGGGUCUUCAUAUUUGGACAGAAAUUCAAAAGACUUGGUGCAGAAUUUGGUUACUCCUCCUCUCCAAGGACCUCCUGCUUUGCAAAUGUCAUCAGAUUUGGGCCCAAUUUCUAAAGAUGCUGUGCAAAAUCCUGUGACACCAGUUCACCAGAGACUUACAUGUAUGUCGGACAUGUCUCCAGAAUUGUUUAGUCCUGGUUCUCCUGACUUAGUAGGCAGAAAUUCAUCACCAAUAAAUGGUGCUAGCAGUACUACAUGUAACCUUACUCCUGAUCUAUCGGUACUGGUAGGCAACCAAAAUGUCUUGGUCUCACCCAAGAGGCCAGGGUGUCCAUUGGACAAUGUGAUGCGAAGCCCAAAGGUGCGUAAGCUUGCUGCUUAUGGCGGUUUCUGUGAUAACUGCUUGAGCCCUAUAAGAAGGGGAGUGGAUAUGAUCACUAUUGAAGAGACGCCGAAGCGUCAUUGGGUGCACGAACAGUGCAGUCCAAACAAGGAUAACUGAGGUCAUGCUCAUGUUAAGUGUAAAUUCAAAGUUGGUGACUUCAUUUUUAAUCAUGCUAAGCUAUCAACUAAUAUGCAUGUAGGCCAUAUUGUAUUUUGGGUGAUAUAAAACAUGUUAUAUUCUUUUGAUUUAGAAUUACUCGCAAAAUAUAAUUCAUAUGUUUAUA